AUGUCUGCGGUGGUUUAUUUGAAGGUAACGAGUGCGGAUGGUGUCAGCAUCUCUUUAGCUAUUGCUAAAACCAAGGUAGCUCCUCUCAAGAAGCUCACCAUCCCGCGUCUCGAGCUCAACGCCGCAGUCAUCCUAGCUAAGCUCACAAGGUAUGUUAUGGAUCAGCUCAACCUUGGUACUGUCAUGGUACAUUUAUGGACGGACUCUGCUGUUGCUCUUGCGUGGAUUUGUGCUCAUCCUUCCAGAUGGAAGGAAUAUGUCCACAAUAGAGUAACAGUCAUUCAGGAACUCGUACAGGAAGCCAAUUGGAGGUACGUCAGCGGAAAGGAGAAUCCUGCUGACUGCGCGUCUCGAGGCAUUUCAGUAGCUCAGCUCAAUGCCCAUCAUUUGUGGUGGACGGGUCCAAAAUGGCUACAACAGGAUUCAUCUCAGUGGCCAAAACGGAGAGCAACGUUGGACCCGUCAACAGAUCUCGAGGAGAAGCCUGGGGUGACAUUAACUGCUUCUCUCGCAAGGUCAAGUCUCUGGGAUCUCUGCUCUCGAUACUCAUCUCUCUACAAAUUGCUGCGGAUCACAGCAAUUUGUCAAACAGUUGCUGGGAACAUGAUGCGGAAAUUGGACAGGAAGAAGGGCGUCAUUGUUCCGGCACUGUUUAGCCCGGAAAGUAUCGAAGCAGCUCGGCUUUAUUGGGUCAAGGCGACUCAAGCCUAUCAUCUCCAAGCCGAGUGUGACAUUAUCUCUCACGGAUUCCAGUUGAAGAAGUCUCAUCCGUUGACCAAACUCACUGCGUUCAUUGAUCAACAAGGAGUUCUCAGAGUGGGCGGUCGUCUGAAGUUCUCAACUCUAGGAGCAGAGAGUAGACAUCAGGCGAUAAUACCUCAAGGAUCAGUGCUCGCAGAGCUUCUCAUCAGGGACUCUCAUCAGCGUACGCUGCAUGGCGGAACUCAGCUCACGUUGACGCAUCUCAGGAGGUCUUACUGGAUUAUUGGUGGUCGUCUACCAGUAAGAUCCUUCAUCCUCAAAUGCGUUGAAUGCGCGCGUCAUCGUGGGAUUAGAGCGCAGCAGCUGAUAGGGCAGCUUCCGAUGGCACGUCUUGUAUCGGAUCGAGCCUUCUCCAACACUGGUGUGGAUUAUGCCGGACCAGUGUCUCUCAAGACGUGGAAAGGGCGUGGUCACAAGACCCAGAAGGGUUGGUUAGUGAUCUUCGUGUGCAUGGCCACGUCCGCUCUCCAUCUGGAAGCUGUCACGGACUACUCUACUGACGGCUUUAUCGCAGCUUAUAGAAG